AGUCCCGAGCUACGUCACUUCCACCACCACAAAUGGAACCAAGGACUUUAACUUUCAGAAGCACUGAGUGAAAACUGUCAUAAACAUUGUCGGAGUUUUAAGAUGAACACCACUCUGAAGCACUGGAAGGAGGCGGCCACUCUCAUUUUAGCCGCAGGCCAGAGGCUCGGCGCGGACAGUUUAUCGUCAAGGACGCCGCUGACAGCCGCUUCAGGCUCACCGCCGGGCAGCAGCUAUGAGCGGUCACACCUGCCGCACAGGUCUUCCUUUGAUUACGACGUUUUGUUGCUAAAACGAAGCAGUAAAAGUGGAUUCAUGCCCAAUGCGUAUGUGUUUCCCGGGGGUAUGGUGGACUCUUCGGACUUUUCGAGUGAAUGGCUGGACAUUUUCAAAUCUUUCAGGAACUCUCCCAGUUUUGGUUUGAGAAGUGUCAAGCAACCGGCGGAGACCAGACCUCCAAUCUUCGCCACAGACCGACUGAAACUGGGCUCUCCUAUCCCGGGAGAGGUUGCCUUCAGGAUCUGCGCCCUGAGAGAGACGUUUGAGGAGUCCGGCGUGCUGUUGGUUGUUUCUAAACUGGAGGAGAAAAGUUUGUUAAAAAGCAUAGAGGACAGGUGUGCCACUGAUCCAGCGCUACAUUAUAAAGUGAACGAGCUGGGCAGUAGUGAACUCACCAGGUGGAGGGCUCUGGUGAACCAAAACCCCUCCAACUUCAUCAGGAUGUGCAGAGAGUUGGAGGUGUUGCCCAACAUCUGGGCUUUACAGGAAUGGGGUAACUGGCUGACUCCCGCGGGCCGGUACGGUGUGACGAGGUUUGAUACAGCUUUCUUCAUGUGCUGCCUGCAGGACACCCCGCACACACUGCAUGAUGAAAAGGAAAUAGUGCGCUUUCAGUGGUCCACACCCUCAGAGGUCCUGCAGAGCUACCAGGCACAGGAGCUGUGGAUUGCCCCUCCGCAGUUCUAUGAGCUCAGCCGCAUGUGCCGCUUCCCCGUGUUAAAUGACCUCCACAACUUUGCCAGCCAGCGAGCAACAGAGGGCUGCGAGCAGUGGCUGCCUGUUGUUUUCUCAAAAGAUGAGCACUACAUAUCACUGCUUCCAGGAGACAAACUUUACCCAUUGGACACUUCAGGAAAGACUCAAGUGGAUACAAGCACAGACUCACAGCUGGAGGAUCCUCAGGAUGAUUCAGCACUGCACCGUAUAGUGAUCUUAAAUCCAUAUACUACAAGUCUACAGAUCACCAUCACACCCAGGUACAACCACCUGCUUCCAGUUGUCGAACCAGCCUUGUCACAUGAUUCAAAAAGUCAGCUUUGACUUGCCCCAACACUCUUCUGUGAAAAUGUACUGGAAAGCCUUGUGAAACAAAUAUUUUUAUUUUUACACCUUUUUAUUUAUGGCUAAGCCUAGAUUAGUUUUCCUGGGUAAUACCCCAAGUUUUCACCUGACUGCAUUAAUGACUGUGAAAGUUUGCUUGUUUCAUUUUCCCUUUAUCAGCUUCCUCAUUUGUUUUUUGUUUUGUUUUGUUUUUGUUUCACAAAAUUGCAAUUGAAAAAAUAUGAAUUCAAGUCAAAUUUUACCGAUACAGCCCAAUAUCACAAAUCACAAAUUUCCCUCAAGCGGCCUUACAGAGAAAUGGAGGAGUAACUGAGGAUGGAGCUCUCCUCAAGGACAGAUGUGCAAAACAGUGCAUGUACAGUGUACAGAAUGUACAACAUAAUAUUAAUAUACACUGUGGACAAUCAGGAUGACAAAAUUAUAGGCUGUAAGCAGACAUGAAGAUGGGAUGAUAUUGAACAACUUCCAGGUCCAACAGAUAUGACCUGAGCCACAUGACCUCCUCUCCACCAUGAAGACCUGGAAAGAGGACAGAUUACACAAACACACAAGAGACAAAAUCCAAAAGAGUUUCAGCCACAUGUCUGGGAGGAGGAAACAAGCACACAGAACAAGACAGAAGGACAAAGAGGAGGAUGGGACUCAUGAGGACCAAGAUCCACAUCCAAAACAUCUGGAAGGAGGCACUGACGGCCAGGAGGGGGAGAGAGGUCUCAGGAUGGCUGAUGGUCCAGUACAGAGAGCCUGAGUGAAAACAGAGGACAGGGAGGAGAAAAUGGGGAGAGAGAGGCACAGCCUGGACGCUUAUGUGCUUGAAAUGAAGUGAUUGUUAAUGGCCUUAUUGUGCACGGUGUACACAGGACUGCUAGUUUUACAUUUUACCCAGACACUCAUUUCUAGGUUGUUUCACUUACAAUUUGUUUUAGUGUGAGCUUCUGGGUUUUGUCUGAUUAAAGAUGCUCUAAUAUAACAGUUAAA